AGGGUUUUUUGUGAACGGAGAAGCUUAAAGACGUAAAUUUUACUAACUUAAAUUGAAAAUCGAAAAAAGAUCGUAAAACGUGAAUUAAACAUAAAAAUUGUAUUUUCACACUGUUUGUAUGUUACCAAACUCUCGUAAGUGAAAACUGGAGGAAAAUUUGUGCAAUUAAAGACAAAGUGAAAGAAAUUUUGGAGCUUAUAUUGUGGUUUAAAAGCUAGAAAUUCAUGAAUUUUAUAGAAAUUCAAUCAUGGCCAGAAAUUCCAAGCAUUGGAUUCUUCGUUUCUCUUUUUAGUUCAUCGUUCAAUUUACCAGAUUUCGAUAUUGAGGAUUUAGAAGAGGCGCUUUUGUUAGACAGUUCAGAAAGUAAUUCCAUUGAUGAUUCAACAUCAACAGAACUUACACCACGUUUGAUUCCUGAGCUUAUAGUUACUUUGUUGCGUGGGUGUGAUUCAGUAAAAUCAUGGGAAAAUAUUACGACAAGCAAUUAUCAAAUGUUUCUUCGUCGGUUGUUUAGAAACAAAUGUGAGAAAUACGGAAUCGAGAAUCCUUUCAACACAGAUACUGAUUUUCAUAGUCUCUCUUUGAGAACAAAAGUUGUUAUAUUGAAUUAUUUGUGCGAUUUUCGUCUUGAUUCUUCUGACGUCGAGUGCAUCACAAGCAACUUCGAUUCGGAUAGUUUACGUAUUGAGCCUCUUGGCUAUGAUUCGAAUGGUUCAGCUUACUGGUACUUCUUUGGAACACGGCUUUAUAGAGAAGAUUUUCAGAAAAAUAACAGCAAUAAGCGAGGAAGAAAUGUUCGUAUAUGGCAAGUCAUUUGCUUUACAGAACAAGAUUGGCAAAAUCUAGCAAAUCGAUUCAAGGAUUCAAAAUCUAAAAAAGAAAUUUCUCUUCACAAAAUUCUAACGGAAGACUUUUUGCCAAACAUUCCUGUUUUAUUUAAAGCAAAAGAAGCAGAGCGUAGAAGACGCCUUUUUCAACGUCGUUCCUCAUUAAGAGUGAAAGGGAUAAUUGAAAAACGCAAAGAAAAAGAGUCGGCAAAGGAAAGCUCACCAAUUAUAUCAGAAGAAGAUUCCGACAGCAAAUUAAGUUACACUGAGAAAUAUCUCGAGGAAAAGAAAAAAAAGUUCUUAGAGAAGUCAAAGAUUCGUGAGAAAAUACAGAACGAACGUGCGGUCAGAGCUCAACGACGAUCAUCCUCAAGCAGUAGCAGCAUCGAAUCAUGCAAUCAUAUGCCAUGCUAUGACGAAAAAUUUAAAAGCAUCGCCAAAGAAUAUUUCUACUCAGUGAAUCAACAGACUAAUAGUAAUAAUUGUCUGUCAAAUAAGGAAAAUAUUUUACAUUCGAAUCUUUUUGACACUAAAACAAAUAUUUCUUCAAAAAUGCCUCCGAUCGCUACAAAACUUCCAGGAAGACAAACGAACAACUCUCUUUCAUCAAUUACUGGUCAAAUUGUUAUCGAAACAACCGCGGCUGUAACAACUUCUGGACCAUCAACUUCAAGAAAAAAGAAAACAAAGGCAGAAGUCUUUAUGGAUACAGACGAAGUACUACAAAUAGGAAUGCACAAAGUUUUACAACAUGUUAAGAAUCAUGAUGAUGCUUGGCCUUUUAUGGAUCCUGUUGAAGAGGAUAUCGCACCACGUUAUUAUUCAAUCAUUAAAAGGCCAAUGGAUCUUCUUAAAAUGGAAGAAAAGCUUGACAAUGGAGAAUAUCGCACAUUUACAGAGUUUCGUACCGACUUUAAGCUUAUCGUGAAUAAUUGUCGUUUGUACAACGGACAAAAUAAUGAAUAUACUGAAAUGGUUAAUAAUCUUCAGCAAGCUUUUGAUAGAGCGACUAAGAAAUAUUUCGAUCAAACAUCUUCUGAUGAAGAUCCAGUAUUGUUGGAAUAUCCACCGAUUGAUACAACAACAAGUAAACCAAAUACAAGUAAAGAGAUAGCAGUGAAGAAAGAAAAAUCAAAGACAAAAAAUAAGAAACAUUCAAAGCUUUCAUCUAACAAUAGUUCGAUAGAUGAAGAUGAUAAAAAAUCUAGUGAUGUUGGAAGUUAUAAGAAAGUUAAAGAUUCUAAUAAACAUAAAAUAGUUGUGGACCAUUCAAAUAAUAAUCUAGUGGAAAAGAAAACUUCACGUUUAAAUGAAAAUGACAAAAAGAAAGAAAAAAGUACAAAAGGUGUAAAGAGAAAACAUAGAGAAAAAGAAAAAAGUGCCGAAAUGAAAGCUAAAAAGAUGAAAAGAGAUCAUUCAAGCAGUGAAAAACAUUUCUUUGAGUUUGAUUCUGAUCAUGACAGUGAGGGUGGAAACAUUGUUAAUAAUGAUGAAGAAUUAUCUCGAAGUAAAGCGAAGAAAAUAACAAAUAAAGUGGAAAAUGUAACAGAACAGUGUAAAGACAAAAGUAAAGUCAAUAAAAAGAAUAAAAAGGAUGAAAAUAUAAAGUUAAGCGGUAAUAAGAAGCAACAAAAGUCAGUGAAAACGUUAAAAGAAAGUACGACAGUUGCUUCCGAUGUUAAUAAUAAGAAAAACAAGAAAGAUUAUUACGAUGGACAAAAGAAAGAAAAGUUCUCGAAAACAAAUGAAAAAGCUAAUAAAAAACGAAAAAUGCGUAAAAAUUCUGAUAGUGAUUCCGACAACAGUGUGCACGAUCUUAUUGAAGACAAGAAAAGUAUUUUAUCAACGAAGAAAAAUUCUUCAAAGAAGGAAAAGCUCGUUGAAAGCACGACGAAUUCUUCUUCUAAGAAGUCGAAUGAUAAAAAAUCUGAUAAAGCGAAAAGUGAAGUUAAGAAAAAGAAGAGUAAGAAAAGUCACGUUAAAGAGUCUUCGAGUUUUAUAAAUAGGGCGAGUUGUUCAAGAUCGCCUAGUCCUCUGAAUUCGUUGCAUUCUUCAGCAAUAACUGACGAUUUGACAGAUUUAAAGAAUUCGUCUUUUAGAUCUGAUACACCUGAAAUCAAAGACAAGUUUGAUCUUAUCAAGGAGCGAAGAAACAAAAUCAGUCAAGAGAAAAUGGAGAAGAAUCAAAAAAAUAACGAACAACAUUCGACCCCUCAUGCAAAAGAGAAAAAUCAUAAAUUAAAAGAAACAAUUGAGAAGUUGAAGAUAAAAAACGACAAAAGUAAAAGUCAAAUUGAGUUGAUUGAUGAAGUGCUUGGUGGUAAAGUGGUGAAGAAAGAUGCAAAUACAUUGUUUGAUGAGUUGAAGAACGAAGGUAAAGCGACAAUAAAUGAAUCGAAGGCGAGUAAAGGCGGAGCAUCAAAUAAGAAGAAAGCUGAGAAAGCGAGUAAAGAAGCUUCAUUGGAUAAUAAAAGUAAAAAAUUGAAAACAUCCAACGAUUCUGCAGUUUUAGAUAAAGUUAAAGUUAAUGACAAGACAACAGCUUUAAAUAUUACGUCGAAUGUCAAUCAGAGUAAGAAAAAUAAAAAGCAACAGAACAAAGCUUGUCUUGAUGUUCUCGACAUGGAAACGGAGCAAACCUUAAAGGAUAUCAAUAAAUGGCUUGAACAUACACCGAGAUUUGAAUACAGUUCAGCGAGCAACUCUCCAUCACGAUACAUCAUUGACGAAAUUGAAAUGCCUUCGAAAAUGGAUGAUAAUGACUUUAGAAAGCCAAUACCAUUGAUGCCUUCAUCACCAUCUGCCUCACAAAAACCAUCAUUACAAAACACACCGAAAGAAUUUAAUCUUUUAAAAGAAUCAAAUAACAAUAAGCAGCCAACAACAUCACAACAUCCACAAGUACCACCAAGUACGUCAACGAAGAAAGUGAUAACAAAAGAUCCAAAACGUAAAAGUCUAAGAGAAAAGCUUCAACAACUUCCAAGGAAGAAAGAACUUCAAAGGACUAUCGAUCGGUUGCAACCGGGUAAGACAAAAGGAAAUUUAUUGCACAACAUACAAAAUGUUAAUAAACCGGAAGAAUUGUUUCCUUUAGGGAACAGAGAGAAAGUCAAAGAAAUUAAGAAUUCUUUAAUUGUUCAAACAGACGAGAGUAGUCCAAAGCUUAGUCUUGGAACUGUCUUAGAUACUCAGGCAUUUAAUUUUAGCGAUAACGAUUGUAAGAAAUCUGAUAGUGAUUAUAAGAUCGAGCAAGAUGUUGAUGAUGUUCAAACGGAAUGUGUAACAGAAAUGAAGAAAAGUGAGGAAGUUAAUGAUGAUGCGCCAGUAAAUGCCAUAAAAAAUGAAACAACAGAAAGUUCAGUGGAUAACAAUGAAGCUUCGAAAGGUAACAAUUCUGAUGCGACAAAGCCAAAUAUCAAUGCUUGGUUUAAAGCUUUUGGUGUGCCAAAGAAACCUAAAAAGUCAGAAUCGCAAGAUGAGUUGACAAUUCCACGAACAACAUCUGAAAGUAGCAGCAACGAUUUGAUGCGAAAAGAUGGAAAUUUCAUUCAAGGCCAUCGACGGUUAAGCACGGGAAGUUCAAUGUCGGAAAGAUCGUCUGUUGAAGAUAGUCCGCAAGUGGGACUUGAAGAGAGAUUAGGAGCGCCGGCACCUUAUCCAUCGCCAAUUGGAUCAUCUCCAAUCAUGGCAUCACCAAAAACUGAUGACAAUAUCAAAUCAUCAUCUUCAAAUUAUCCAAUGAAUGGAUCAAUACGUGUUGGCUUUUAUCAGGAUAUGACAUCAACGAAAUCGAGUCCUGAGAAAAGUUGCAGUCCAAGAGAAAUGCCUUCUCCGUACAGCCAAUAUUCACAGCACCAAUAUCCAAGUGGUGGAAAUUCAGGUGGAUCUUCAAUGUACGGAAACUUUUACAAUCCAGAAAAUUUGGGAUCAAACAAACAACUUCAACAAGCUUCAUAUUCUAAACCAACGAAAUCUCCAGCAUCUUAUUAUGAUCAAUAUAAGCAGCCAAUGAGUCAAGAAUCAGAAUUUAAUAAUUCCAUGAGUCCAAGUACAAAUCCAAAUUCUCCUUAUCAUAGUCAACAAUCUUCACCUUAUCAACAACAGCCAAAUUCACCAUUUCAAGCGCAACAACCCGGUGGUACUUCAAAUAGUGGAAAUAAUGCAACAACAAACAUAUCGCAAUCACCUUCGUCUCCAUAUUCACCUAAUUCAACAUUCCAACAAUCUCAACAGCAGCAGCAACAACCACAAACAAGCACUUCAUCUCAACAAACACAAAAUCCUUCUUCUUCAUCUUCAUCAUCAUCUUCUUCUCACAAUUCACAAAAUUCUCCAAUUAACAAUCAAAAUUUAGCUUUUCCAAAUGCAUUCAAUCAACAACAACAGCAACAACAUCAAUUUACGACUUCAACACAAAGUCAAGAAUGUGCAAAGUUAUCUGAAUGGAACAAAAAAACAAAUAAUGCAAGUAGUUAUGGAUUGAGUGCGACACAACAUGGAAGUAAUUUUAAUCCAUCUCAAGUUCUUCACCAGCAAGCACAGCAACAAUUAAAUCAUCAGCAUAUGUUGAAUUCAUCAAAUAACAACGCCUUUCCGCUUAGUCAUGGAGCUUUUAAUAAAAGAUCGCCGUCUGAAGUUCAAACUUCAGGUACACCUGCAACGACGCCUCUUUAUGGUACGACAAGUAAGCUUCCGGAUUUAGAAGGUGGUUAUGGUGGUAGCAGUGGUGGUGUUGUUGAUAUGGUGACAAAGCUUCCAUCAUCGAAGGAACACGCUGCAGAAAGUAGCAACAACAACAAUAAUAAAGCACAAGUAGAAAGUUCAAAAUAUUUAGAUUUGUCAAAACAAACUUCAUCAAGUCAGUUAAGUCAACAACAACAACAGCAACAAGCACAGAAUCAAUAUCAGCAGAUGUUUGAUCUCACUAAUUAUUCUAAACCACAAAUAGAUUUUGAUAUUCAGAAAAGUAAAUCAUCGGCUGAUAUUUUCAAUCGAUCACUACAGAAAAGUAAUCUUCCGAUCUCAGCAAGUGCAUGUGCUGUAGGUGCACCGAAUUUUUGGAAUAAUUCUAAUCCAACAAAGCCUAUGGAAGCUCCGUCGUAUGAUAGUCAAAGUGAAGUGAGUAAAAAUGAUUUGUCGGGUAAGCCGAUUGUGAAUGCGUUGUUGAAUGCAGCACCGGGAAAUAGUUUCUUUAAUAAUUCAGUUCCACAUCAACAAGCAACGAGGAACAGUCAACCACCACCGACAAUGGAUAUCAAUUAUAAGCAACCAAUUUUCAACAAUCCAGCUGCGUCGUCUAUGAUGGAUUUGACAGCAUUUAUGAGAGAUUUUCGACAAGCCGAAGAAAGAUUCUCAAGUUUGUCAGGAGCUUCAACAAGCUUUUAUGACAAGAAUAUUGCGCCGGCUCAUAUGUUUGGAAAAAAUUUACAACAAGCAAAUUCAUCAGCUGCAUUACAACAAAUGUUCAAUAAUUCAAUGACAACAAUGGCUUAUAAUAGAGAAUCACAAAAUAUGAACUUAGCAAACUAUCAUAAUCGAUUGAAUACUCCACAAGCUCCAGUACCUACUCCAAGUCCAGCCUUGAAUGCAACGAUAACAGAAUUGAAAGUAAAGAAACAACGAAAAAAGAAGAAUGCAAGUCCUGAUGUAGCGCCGAAUAACAUUCACGUUCAAAAUCAACAACUUCAACAUAGUCAAACUCAUCAACAUCCACAACAACAGCAACAAGCUCAUCAGCAAAGUUUUCAAUCUUAUCCAGGACUUAAGAUACCUUCUGCAAGCGCAGGUGCUCAAGAUCCUUCAGCAAUUGCUUUAAAAUCAGUUGUACCUGGAAGUGCUUUUAAUUAUGGUCCGACACCGAUCCCGGGACUGUAUGGUGAAAAUCCUGCGUAUUUAGAUGAAUUUCAAAGAACGUCUAAUCCAUAUUACCCGCCGACACUUAGUCAUAGAUCGACACCAGAUCCUUCCAUUGACAAAGUGUCAGCGAAUCCACCGCCAGCGCAUCCUCAAGCAGCAUCUUCUCCUUAUCAUCAUUUACUUCCACCACAUCAUCCAUCACGAAGCUCUUAUCCAUUUAUGAACUCUUUAAUGAAUGAUCCGGCUGCACUUCAACAACAAUAUCGAAUGAUGUUGAAUCAAACCUACCAAGCUGGAUAUCAUUCGCUUGGAAUGCAUAAUCAACCACCUCACUGGCCUCAUCAUAUGUAG